AUGCCGCACAAGACACCGCUUGAGGCCAUCUCCCAUGGCGGCGUGGUCAUGCCUGGCAUCCCAACGUUCCCCAGCUACCUGGAGCACCGCAAGCACAUCCUCGUCCACAUGGCGGCCACCUUCCGGUAUUUUGCCCGGUGCAACUUCACCGAGGGCCAGUCGGGCCAUAUCUCGGUCCGGGACCCGGAGCACCCGGGCCUCAUGUGGAUGAACCCGCUCGGCCGGCACUUUGGCAUGCUGACGGCGGGCGACAUGAUCUGCCUGGACAUUGAGUCGGGCAAGAUCGUGUCGACCCUGCGCGGCCAGCCGCACACCCGGACCAUCAACUCGGCGGGCUACCUCAUCCACUCGGCCGUGCACAAGCGGCGCGGCGGCGACGUGCACGCCAUCUGCCACGCCCACAGCAACGCCGGCCGCGCCUGGAGCGUCUUUGCCCGCCCGCUCGAGAUGCUGAACCAGGACAUCUGCUUCCUGCACGAGCACCACGCCGUGUACGCGCAGUACGGCGGCAUCGUGUUUGGCGAGGACGAAGGCGAGAAGAUUGCCGACGCCCUGGGCGCGCACAACAAGGCCGCCAUCCUCAUGAACCACGGCCUCAUCACGGUCGGCGCCACCGUCGACGAGGCCGGCUUCCUCUUUGGCAUCCUGGACCGCUCCUGCGCCAUGCAGCUCCAGGUCGAGGCCGCUGCGGCUAACGGCAUCCCCAAGAACAUCAUCAGCGACGAGGAGGCGAGGUACAACUUUGUCAUGGCGAGCGAGGAGAAUGCCCUGUACCGCGAGGCUCAACCGGAUCUCGAAUACGAGAUGGAGUGCGUCGGGGGCGAGGACAAGCUUGCGAGGGGCUUUGAGGAUCUGGCUUUCGCCGCGUGA